AUGCCAGUCAUAGCACCAACUACGGCACGUCGCGACGACACCACCCUCGCGGUAGCCGACGCCAUCUGCGUGAUUUUACUCCAUGGAAUUUCCAUCGCGGACUCGCACUCACACUCACACGCCCCGACUAAAGUCAAGCUGUCUAUCGAAAUCUCUGCUAUAGCUGUAGUCAUAUUCGUUCUGCCGCGCGUCUUCAUUCCGGCUUUCGUACUACCUAGUAUCUCUGGUAGGAAACCACCAGACCAUUUGGACAGCUCAUUCCGCAGCAGAUAUUCACCUUUCCAAGCCAUCAUGACACACGACAAGGUUCUUAUGUGUGCUGAAACUCCAAGCAGUGCUUUUGCUACAGCCCCGACCUCUCCUCCGCCAUACGAGCUGUUGUCACCUACCCCAGCAAGCGAAUUACCUGCUGCGACGCCUACUUCAUCUGUGAGCGAGCUUCAAGACUCCAACAUAGUCCAGCGUCCACAUGAGCUCCCAGUAGCUCUAGUCAGCUCGCGCAGUGAUCUCCCAUCCGACCUGUCACCGCAGUACCAAUCAGAGCCCUCCUCAAUCAAGCACAGCAAGAUCGAGCCCGACUCGACAGUAACAGGCUCCUCCCUCGCCCACACGCACGUCAUGAAAUCUCAAGUCAGUAAUUCCACUAUCAAACACGGCACCAUACAGGCGUCCAGCGUCAGUGAGGCGUCGACAUUGAAACAUUGCAACUUGACGCAGUCCCAGGUGAGCAAGAGCUCACUGGCGCAUGUCAAGGUGGAGGAGAGUGUGAUACAGGGCGCGACGUUGGCCCAUUGCACAGUGCAUAAGAGUACGAUUGUUGGUGGGACCUAUAAACAUAUGGUGAUAAGAGACCAGCACGUCGUAAAUGGCAAUUUUAUGGGGAAGAAGUCCUGA